UUAUAGUAAAGCUAAGUUUCGACCAAUUAAAGUAUAAAGACGAUUUGUAGCGCGCGCGGACAAAACCGUUCAAAUCAUCUAUACAUGCGCAGAGAAUCUUAUUGCAGUUAGAAUUUUUCAUUGCCACACGUAAGUUUAUUGUUACUGCUCGCUUAGUAAAAUUACUUCAUACAAAUUAGAUUUAUGUCAUUGAUACGUGACUGUCUACUUGAACGAUCAUAAUGCCGGGAACACCGAUGAAAGAAGAAAAUGAUACAUUACAAAAACUGCAAACAACGGAUCAUCAUCCGGUUGCGAACUGCGAGCCUGUUGUACGGGAAAUAACACAAACCGAUAGAUUAAAUAAAAAGUUAUUAGUAUCGCUUUUAGAGAGGAUGAACAAAUCGAGUGGUGAAUUCGAUAAAUACAUGGAAAAAGGAAACACAAGUUGUGAUUCUCAAGACGAUAACGAAUUUUAAGUAGGUACAAAACAUAACCUACAUAUACACGAGG